AUGUCGUUCGAUAAAGACGUCGAGAAAAUCGACCCUGAAAAACGGGGAUCGGUUACUGGAGCCUCAGAGGAUGGAUCUCACGCUAUAGCCGCCGAAACCUUUGAGGUUGGUGACUCGGUAUAUGCGAGGCUACAAAGGUUUGCAGGAAAAUGGAAUAUCGAACAGAGAGGUAUCGAGCGGGUCCCUGAAUCCGAGAAAACCGAUACAAAACUCUACAAAGCCGGUACAAUGUGGCUUGCCGCAAAUCUCGUAGUCUCCUCCUUCGCAAUCGGAGUAUUGGGUCCUCACAUCUUCGCCCUCGGCUGGCGUUCCUCAUGGCUCACAAUCCUCUUCUUCAACCUCCUUUCCAUCACUCCAGUCUGCUUUUUCUCUACCUUCGGUCCUGAAUUUGGUUUACGCCAGAUGAUCCUUAGUCGGUUCUUCUUUGGCGCUCACCUAGUCCGAUUCAUCGCCUUCCUCAACUGUUUAGCCUGUAUCGGCUGGUCCUCCGUAAACGUUAUUGUCGGCGCACAGUUGAUUCACACCGUGAACCACUCCGUUCCAGAGUAUGCCGGAAUCUUGAUUAUCGCAUUCUGCACAUUCAUCAUCACUUGCUUCGGAUACAAGGUUGUUCACUACUACGAAUUCUACUCUUGGAUCCCAUGCUUCAUCGUCUUCCUGAUAACUGUUAUCCAAUUCGCUAGAAGCGGCGUGUUUACUGCCAUCCCCGAUGGAAGUGGAAAGGCAACCGCCGGCUCUAUACUAAGCUUCGGAGGCGCGAUUUAUGGUUUUGGAACCGGAUGGUGCUCUUAUGCAGCGGACUAUACCGUUUACCAACCAAAAUCUGCCAACAAAUAUUUAGUAUUCUUCUAUACCUGGGCUGGUCUCAUCUUCCCCCUUCUAUUUACCGAAAUCCUAGGCGCAGCGAUCUACAUGGGCACCUACAGCUCAGAAGUCUACAAAACGGGCUACGAAACCGGAAAAAUCGGUGGUUUAUUCGGCGCAGUACUCGUCACCAACUCUCUAGGCAACUUUGGAAACUUUUGUUUGAUAAUUCUAGCCCUUUCGAUUAUCGGUAACAACUGUCCAAACAUCUAUUCUAUCGGUUUAUCCGUUCAGGUCCUCUCUACAAAACUUCAGCGAGUACCUAGAUUCAUCUGGACCUUCAUCGCUACAUGUUGCUACAUCGCCAUCGCAAUCCCAGGAGCCACACACUUCGAAACCGUCCUUGAAAAUUUCAUGUUACUUAUCGCUUACUGGUUGGGCAUCUACGAAGGUAUUUCUUUAACUGAACAUUUCAUCUUCAGACGAGGGUUUAAGGGUUAUGAAGUAUCACAUUACGAUCAACCCGAUAAGCUCCCUGUUGGCAUUGCAGCAGGAAUCGCCUUCUGUGCAGGCAUUGGAGGCGCUGUGUUGGGUAUGUCGCAGGUAUAUUGGAUGGGACCUAUCGCAAGGCUUUGCGGAGGAGAGUUUGGAGGCGAUGUAGGAUUCGAAUUGGCGUUUGGGUUUGCGGCGGUGACCUAUGUUGCGCUUAGACCUUUAGAGAAGGCGAGGUUUGGAAGGUAG